GGAGAGCAGAGGGGAGAGAAGAGAGAGGAGAGCUCGAGGCGAGAGAGAGAGAGAGAGAGAGAGAUAGGACUUCCUCCCCGAUUCGCAAAGUGAAGUCACUUCCCAAAAUUAGCUGAAAAAAAAGUUUCAUCCGGUUAACUGUCUCUUUCGCUCCGCUACAACAACAAACGUGCACAGGGGAGUGAGGGCAGGGCGCUCGCAGGGGGCACGCAGGGAGGGCCCAGGGCGCCAGGGAGGCCGCGCCGGGCUAAUCCGAAGGGGCUGCGAGGUCAGGCUGUAACCGGGUCAAUGUGUGGAAUAUUGGGGGGCUCGGCUGCAGACUUGGCCAAAUGGACGGGACUAUUAAGGAGGCUCUGUCGGUGGUGAGCGACGACCAGUCCCUCUUUGACUCAGCAUACGGAGCGGCGGCCCAUCUCCCCAAGGCCGACAUGACCGCCUCGGGGAGUCCUGACUACGGGCAGCCCCACAAGAUCAACCCCCUCCCACCGCAGCAGGAGUGGAUCAAUCAGCCAGUGAGGGUCAACGUCAAGCGGGAGUAUGACCACAUGAAUGGAUCCAGGGAGUCUCCGGUGGACUGCAGCGUUAGCAAGUGCAGCAAGCUGGUGGGCGGAGGCGAGUCCAACCCCAUGAACUACAACAGCUACAUGGACGAGAAGAAUGGCCCCCCUCCUCCCAACAUGACCACCAAUGAGAGGAGAGUCAUCGUCCCCGCAGACCCCACACUGUGGACACAGGAGCACGUGAGGCAAUGGCUGGAGUGGGCCAUAAAGGAGUACAGCUUGAUGGAGAUCGACACAUCCUUUUUCCAGAACAUGGAUGGCAAGGAACUGUGUAAAAUGAACAAGGAGGACUUCCUCCGCGCCACCACCCUCUACAACACCGAAGUGCUGUUGUCACACCUCAGUUACCUCAGGGAAAGUUCGCUGCUGGCCUAUAAUACAACCUCCCACACAGACCAGUCCUCACGACUGAGUGUCAAAGAAGACCCUUCUUAUGACUCAGUCAGAAGAGGAGCAUGGGGCAAUAACAUGAAUUCUGGCCUCAACAAAAGUCCUCCCCUUGGAGGGGCACAAACGAUCAGUAAGAAUACAGAGCAACGGCCCCAGCCAGAUCCAUACCAGAUCCUGGGCCCGACCAGCAGUCGCCUAGCCAACCCUGGAAGCGGGCAGAUCCAGCUGUGGCAGUUCCUCCUGGAGCUGCUCUCCGACAGUGCCAACGCCAGCUGUAUCACCUGGGAGGGGACCAACGGGGAGUUCAAAAUGACGGACCCCGAUGAGGUGGCCAGGCGCUGGGGCGAGCGGAAAAGCAAGCCCAACAUGAAUUACGACAAGCUGAGCCGGGCCCUCCGAUAUUACUAUGAUAAAAACAUUAUGACCAAAGUGCAUGGCAAAAGAUAUGCCUAUAAAUUUGACUUCCACGGCAUUGCCCAGGCUCUGCAGCCACAUCCGACCGAGUCGUCCAUGUACAAGUACCCUUCUGACAUCUCCUACAUGCCUUCCUACCAUGCCCACCAGCAGAAGGUGAACUUUGUCCCUCCCCAUCCACCCUCCAUGCCUGUCACUUCCUCUAGCUUCUUUGGAGCCGCAUCACAAUACUGGACCUCCCCCACGGGGGGAAUCUACCCCAACCCCAACGUCCCCCGCCAUCCUAACACCCACGUGCCUUCACACUUAGGCAGCUACUACUAGAAGCUUACUCAUCGGUGGCCUUCUAGCUGAAGCCCAUCCUGCACACUUACUGGAUGCUUUGGACUCAACAGGACGUAUGUGGCCUUGAAGAGAAGACAAAACUGGAUGUUCUUUCUUGUUGGAUAGAACCUUUGUAUUUGUUCUUUAAAAAUGUUUUUUUUAAUGUUGGUAACUUUUGCUUCCUCUACCUGAACAAAGAGAUGAAUAAUUCCAUGGGCCAGUAUGCCAGUUUGAAUUCUCAGUCUCCUAGCGUCUUGUGAGUUGCGUAUUAAGAUUACUGGAAUGGUUAUGUCAUGGUUCUGAGAAAGAAGCUGUACAUUUUCUUUACGUUUUUAUGACCAAAGCAGUUUCUUAUCAAUACACGGGUCUCAUUAUGGGGUUCAGUAUGACACAGAAUCAUGGACUUAACCAGUCACGUUCUGGUUUGAGAUUUAGUGAAAAUAGAGGUGGGAAGCUUAUAAUCUAAUUUUAGGAGGAACAAAUUCAGUGGAUGGCAACUGGAACAUUGAUUGUAAGGCCAGCGAAGUUUUCACCCAACUGGAAUUUGAAGGAAAGAAGGUGUGUGUGUUUAAGACGCCAAGGGCAUUGCAGAAUCCCUCUCAGUGGACAGUAUGCACUCAGCUGACCACUCUCUCUAGAAAUAGUCAAGAUAUGAACUAAGAAAUUUUAAUGCAAAUACAUACAUUCCUGAAAGACGGGGAAUUAAAUAACUAAUUUUUUUUUUUUUUUAAUGAUGACAGUGAGUCCCAGAACUUGGAAAAGUUGUAGGGAUUUCUAAACUCAAGCAGAUUCGCAAGCGCUGUGCGCUUGUCAGACCAUCAGACCAGGGUCAACCAAUCAGAAGGCAACUUACUGUAUAAAUUAUGCAAAGUUAUUUUCCUAUAUCUCACAGUAUUAAAAAUAAAUAAUUAAAAAUUAAGAAUAAAUAAACGAGUUGACCUCGGUCACAAAAGCAGUUUUACUGUUGAAUCAAUCGCUGUUAUUUUUUUUAAUGUAAUUUGUACAUCUUUUAUCAAUCUGUACAUUUGGGCUGUUUGUAUGUUUUUAUAGCUGGUUUUUAAAAAGCAUAAUAUGACUAUAGCUGAAAAGGAAACAGGGCUGUUUAAGUCAGUGACUUACGAGAAAGCAAAGCACUGGUACAGAUAUUUAACAGGCAUACACAGCAAGGAAAGAUAAUCCAUUUAGAUCUUUAAUGCUUUGGAAAUGUGUGUAACAGUACUGCAAUAAUCACAGCUCUGGGAAAAACAACGAAACUUUCCCUUGUGGAGAGUAGGGAUUUUCCUGCUCCAUAUAUGCAACAUAUUUUUAGACAUUAAAAUAUAUAUAAUUUUGCAGGUAAUUGUUGACUUUUUUAACUAUAUUAAGUGUUAAGCUGACAACUGUCAAUGAAGACCAUGUUGUAAAAUAAUUUGACUAAAUAAAUGGUUCCUUCUCUCAGCGCUGA